AAUGCGAAAAUUUUGUCGCAGAAGAAAAUGAACCGUUUAAUUAAUUAAAUACACAAACAUUUAAGGAAUUGAUUCAGUUUAUCAAAAUUAAUUCCUCGUAUUAUUUUAGUUCGGCUGCAUUCAAAUUUGAGUUUACCGUGCAAGGAAAAUCUCAACCGACCGGCGUUCAUGUAAUGUACGAGGAAAGAAAAUAAACUGCAGCCAUGGCUUCUGGUUUCCAGAAUGAGAUAGUUAAUAGAUUAUUGAAUGUGCGGCUGGAGGAAGGGGCGAAUGCUGAAGAGCAUCCGCCACAGAAUAUGCUGCCUUCAAACAGACAAUCGAGACAAAGUCGUAACGAUGAUGAAAACCAUGCCAACGAGCCUAUGCCUUCCUCAUCAGCGAUAGAGAACCUACAGCCCACCAAUAACACAGGUGGACGACUCCACAACUGGCAGGCAACGAAAACGACAGUUAAAGAACGCUUGUCAUUUCUUUUUAACAACGAAAUUUUAUCCGACGUACAUUUCAUUGUGGGCAAGGAUGCGAAUCAGCAAGUCAUACCUGCGCACAAAUUCGUCUUAUCCGUAGGCAGUGCAGUGUUUGAUGCAAUGUUCAAUGGGGUCCUAGCAACAAAAUCUGAAGAGGUAGAGUUACCAGAUGUCGAGCCUGCAGCUUUUUUACUCUUACUAAAGUUUUUGUAUUCUGAUGAGGUACGAAUUGGUCCGGAAAGUGUCAUGACAACUUUAUAUACAGCUAAGAAAUAUGCAGUGGCAGCAUUAGAAGAGCAUUGUGUUGAAUUUUUAAAAGUUAAUUUGGGUACGGACAAUGCGUUUUUGCUUUUAACUCAAGCAAGGCUGUUUGAUGAGCCACAGCUGGCAGCAUUGUGCUUGGAAAUGAUUGAUAAGAACACUACCGAUGCAUUGAAUGCGGAGGGAUUUACAGAUAUCGAUCAGGACACUUUGAAUGCUGUGUUGGAGAGAGACACCUUACGCAUUCGCGAGGCGAAAAUCUUCGCGGCCGUUCUUCGCUGGUCGGAGGCUGAAUGUAUUCGACGUCAGUUGCCUGUCACUCCCAGCAACCAAAGAAUGGUCCUAGGAAGAGCAUUCCAUGCAAUAAGAUUCCCCUUAAUGUCUGUAGAAGAAUUUGCAAUGGGACCCGCCCAGAGUGGUUUACUUGACGACAGAGAGAUUGUCCAGUUAUUUCUGUACUUUACAGUUAAUCCGAAACCAAAUGUAGGCUUCCUGGAUACACCAAGAUGCUGUAUGACUGGUAAAGAGCUGACAGUUAAUAGGUUCUCUCAAACUGAAUCCCGGUGGGGUUAUAGUGGUACCACUGAUAGGAUCAGGUUCACGGUAGACCAAAGGAUCUUUAUUGUGGGAUUCGGAUUAUAUGGAUCUUACUUUGGACCGACGGAAUAUGAAGUUCACUUACAAAUAAUUCAUCUAGCCACAAAGAAGGUGUGCGGGUCGAACACCACCACGUUCUGCUGCGACGGCACGGACGAUACCUUCCGCGCGAUGUUCAAGGAGCCCGUUGAGAUCCUGCCCAACACCUCCUACAUCGCCAGUGCCAAACUUAAGGGCACGGACUCUUACUACGGCACGCGGGGUUUGCGGCGGGUGACGGUGGACUGCAACAACGGGGAGAAGGUGGUGUUUCAGUUCUCGUACGCGGCCGGGAACAACAACGGCACCUCCGUGGAGGACGGUCAGAUCCCCGCCAUCAUAUUCCACAUCUGAAGUCGCAAACUAGUUGUUUUUAUUGUAGGCGUAGCAUAAAUUUUUAUAAAAUGGUAACAUUUUACUCUUAGAUUUCAUUCGGGCCAGUGAAAUGUGGUUGAUUCAUCUCCUUCAUCAUUACGUCUGGUAAAUAGGGUCUGUCCCCCUGCACUUUCCCCUUAGCACGGCUAGCAUGGGCAGGAGACAAUCUCGCCGGGAAAGGAUAAAAAUUAAUCUUCUUCCACAGCUUUAUUAACUCUCAGAUCACUGGCGAGCAAGUGGAAAUAGUAUCCAAACAAUAUAUGCGUAAUAAUAAACGGGGGUAUUUUUCCGUGUUUUACCAGUUGGACACGUUAAUUAUAUCCCUUGUCAGGGGAUAUAUGUACGGGAAAUAUAAUUAUUGUCUCCUACCUGUACCAGCCCUGCAGGGGACCAAAUAGGAACAAAAAAAUGCGGUCUGUCCCCCUGCUCCCAACAAGGGGUCAGAUCAAAUUAUUUUUUUCCGGGCUGUUUUCUUAGGGAGAGAAAUAUUAAUAAAAAAAAUUAUUUGUCCCCUCGACGGGGGCAGGGGGACAGAUGGAACUAAUUAUUUUCGCUCUGUCCCCCCCUUGUCGCCAACGAACUAAAAAAUCAAGAAAGAUCGAAUAAAUUAUUUUUAUUAUUUUUCGGUGCAGUACUUCACCGAACGAGCUCUGUCACAAAUGGCACUGCUACUAGUUUAAAAUUACGCUUGCAUUGAAAAACACAUAUCAUUUGAUUUUUACCUUCACCUUUCUACCGUCAAACCGCGAUGUAGGCGGUCGUUAGAGAAAACCAUGCGCCAUCCUUAGAAACGAAACCGUUUAUGUAGGCAUAGCAAGUUUACAAAUAGUAAGCACUAAUGCCAUAAUGAUUCGGGUGAUGCGUAAAGAAAAAAAAACGUUUUAUGAACUCUUAGAUGAAGACUUACGACGUGAGGCGCCAUCUAAGGUUAAGAUACGGCGGUGCGUAAUGUUUAGGAAAGUCGUUAACUGACACUUGCCAGAUGAAAAUAAAUUAUAUAUACAAGAUUUUUUUAAAUAAUCUUAAAUCAAUACGAUAAAUGAAAAAUAUCAUAACAAAAUACCACAACUUGUGGGAAGAAUCAUAGACAUUUAUCAGUUACCUAGUGAAAAUCGAUUGGUGAAAUGUACAAAAGCAACGUGGGUCUAUGCUUUCAAAACUGUCUCUGCUAUGAGAGACUAGGAAUGUGCCCAGAAACGAUAAAACAAUGACAACGAACAAAAAUAAAAGGUACAUUCCCCAUUACCUAGUCUAGGAAUCUAUAUAUUUUGCCUUCGCCUAGAAAGCUACAUCGCUUUGCGAGUUUGGUUCACUCAUAUUUCCAGCUGUUUUUUUAAUUUCUGGUGACUGGCGAUUUGCAAGCACGGUUCGUUGAAUUCAAAAUUCAUUUAUCUCAAGUAGGCUUACUCUAUAAGCACUUUUGAAACGUCAUGUCUGUCUAUUUAUAGUGACUUUACGGUUCAGUGAUAGGCUGUAGGUUAAUCUGAAAGAGUUGCCCUACGUGUAGAAGCUGGGUGGUGGGACAGAUACAGAUGUGAGAGCCACGUAGUGAAACUACCGUGUCCACGAGACGCGGCGUCGUGGGAACGAAUGUAUAGCAGAGUACAACCGCAGCGUCCUAGCACUUAUGUCAAAGCCAUUGUAAAUAAUUAAAAAAAUAAAUACCUGUCUACCUAGUUGGAGGUCUACUAACGCUGCGCUGCUCUCGAUCGAUGUGCCCCGAUGAGCCCCGAACAUUCGUCAAUUUCUAAUUCAUAAAACUUACAUAAUCUUUACAAUAUUGUUUAAAACUUUUAAAACAUUGUUCAACAAAACUCUGAACAGUAUUAAUUCAAUAAAUUUACCAAAAUUGUUGCUUACAUUAUAGGCUAGUUAUAAGAAUUGUGCAAUAUAGAAGUCGUAAGUGUUUAAAGUACCCUUGAAAAUAUCAGUCGUUUUCUCAAUUUUAUUAGACCUGGCGUUAUAGCGAAAACCUUUAUUAUAUCUUGUAUUUCUGUCUAUGUGUAAUAUAAUAAUAAAACGCUUAUACAUAUAAAUUUGAACUUUCUUGUUAUAUUCUACUGUCGUGAUAACUUUUAGGUUAGAGACACGUAUAUUCUUAAGCUAGGUAAACUCUUUAACCUAUAUACAAAUAUAUGCCUGUAUUGUUAAGAUAAAAAAAAAACAAAUAUACUCCGGGUAUAUUUGUUUUUUUUUUAAUUUGUUCGUCUCUAUUCAUUAGUGGAUAAGGGAUAAAGAACAUUAGAAAAACAAAGCGAAUUGCGACUUCACGGAUCACGGACGGAUCACCAUGUUUUAAUAAUCUGAAAAUUAUUACGACAAUCAUAUAAUUACACUUAAUUUCCCGCUUUGAAAUACUUUUUCUACAUAAAAUUAUAUUUUUAUCGGGUAAAUUUCUCCGCUAUUGUUACGUAUAAUAGACAACACCAAUCUGUGACUUAAUGAAUACAGCAAUAUUUUUGUAAAAUUAAACUAAAUAGUGCCAAAAUGAAAUAAUUUAUUCAUACAUAAGCAAUAAACAUAAUUAAGCGUAACUAAUUAAGCAAUAAACAUACUGCCACUUUAUAGUUUAGAGAAAGAAAGUGUAAUCCAACUUCUAAAAGCAAUUGUAUACAUCAAUUCAAUAUAAAAACUUUUGAUUUACAUUAAGGUUAGAAUUAACAAAAGAGUCUCAUGCUAUCGCAUUUGUAAACAGCAGACGCAACAACCAAUAGGGGACGCAUAAGGGGAUAGAUAAUCUUUCGCGCCAAAAUAUUGAGCGUUAUGAUUGGUUAAAAAUAUUUAUCGCCUACCAAUUAAACUUACCAUGCACAUUGGUAAAGCUUACAAUAGUGUAAUAGGAUCAAAUUGCUUGAUUUCAUUGUGUCAUGUGUCAUCUCAAGGAAACUAAACAUUUAAAAAAGAAGGCACCUCAUCCAUGCACAACAGCACUGACUGCUCGAACGAAAUUUACUAAUACUGGAGUUAACUUUUUUCGUUUUGUAAUCGUCUCAAACAAAGGCGAAUUUUUGUCAGUAAAACAAUUUAAUAUUUCAUAAAUCGCGUGCAGUCAUUUUACCUGAUGUCUAUAGGCUCAAAUAUCGAGUUGACUUGUGCCCCGAAAAAAGUAUGUACCAGAACAAUGGCAUUACGUCAGAAUAGCUACGCAGUAUUUUGUCAGACUCCAACUGACAACAGCCUUUCAAGUGUCAGCCGGUGAGAAACACAACGUAGUUCCUAACUAUAUCGACUUUAUGCCAUGUUUAUUCAAAAUUACUCCUACCCCAAUAUUUAUAACGUGGCAUAACGUAGAUAUAGCUUCGCUGUGUUUAAUCACACUUCAAAUGACAGCAAGCAUCUUUUAAAUUUAUGUUCGCGAAAAACACUAACAAUUCCAACGUUAUGCCACGUUUAAUAAUUAUGGCUCCUACCCUCCUAUUUAUAAACGUGGCAUAGCGUCGAUAUGUUUACGCAUUCUGACGUUAUGCCAUUUUUAUAAAUAAGGCUCCUAGCGCCUUAUUGAUUAACGUGGCAUAACGAUGAAAUAGUUACGAAGUAAUCACACUUCAACUGGCAAUCGUCCAGAGCAUGAAUAUAAACUGCGUAACUAUAUGCGACGUUAUGCCAUGUUUAUUUAUAAGACCCCUUAUGUUUAAGAUGUAUGACGUAGGUACUGCUGCUAGAACUAUCCUUAGUGAAAAAUGUUCCUUUAAAGGGUCGAUACACAUUAGUUUUCACCUUGUAAAUAAAUUUAGAAUUUUAGUAAAAAACCAUCGUCAUCAUCCUACGCGUAUGAUGACCCAAAGCUCGGCGUCUCUUAUGGGAGUGGGAUCGAGUUCUUAGACUCGGCACGAUGAUGCGCCAAUGCGGUCUAGCGAACUGCAUAAUGUAUUUUACGGUUAAAAAGCGCCAUCAGUAGUAUUUUAUUUACUUAUUAUGACUUUUUACUACUUUUGUAGACGCAUCAGAUGCGUAACCGCACCGAUCGGUGUGCAUCGACCCUUGGUGUUUGUAUUCUUUUUUGUUAUAUAUUUUUUAAAUAAAAAUAUAAUAGAAUUAGGAAUUGAGCUGUGUACAUUUUUAUCUAUUUAUUAAGUAGCUGUAAACUAUAAAAUAUGUAUUUUUCAAGGUUUUGUAUAGAGGAAUUAAUUUAGAUGUCAAAUAAAAGAUAAUUGGUGAA